CCCUUGAAUAUUCAGUCAUCCUGUAUAUCGGUCAGAGUAAAAUUAGGUUUUGAGCUUCAAUAACACUAUCCACUAUUUUCUUGUUUCGAACACUCCGUAUCAAAAAUGCCUUCCGCAAAUUUUUAUAUUUUUGGUCUGGUUGCAGUCACCAUCGCACUCAUGAUGUUACCCGGAUCAUUGCGAGCUGAUGACAUUGUAUGUACCAAGGGCGAGGUAUUCCAGAUAACGAAACAAACAUAUCUGCACGAAAGACGUCCCGAGUAUAUGCUUGUCUUGUAUUAUAAUGAGAAAGAUGAAGAAAUGACAAAGAUCUUAACGGAGGUGUCCAAUGACUCCGGUGAUCUAUACGCUAAAAAAAAUUACUUUUGCGUAGCGCAAUAUGAUUGCAAAGAGAAUCCAGUUAAAUAUGAUUUUUGCGGCAAAAUAAAAAGGCCGGAGUUGUUUAUGUUCAAGUCAUAUGAGGAGAACGGGCUGCAUCAUGUCGGCGAAUACACCGUGGUGGGCAUCAAGGACUUCAUAAAGGAUUGCCAGAACCCAGAGGCCUGGCGUAUCACCGAGGAGCCAGACGCAGCAGUUGGCCUCAAAGGACCAGCUAAAGGACUUGGGUCGUCGCAUCCAGUGCCGGUGUGCCGCUUCUACUACGGUUUCCAACUUUUGUUGCUGCGUUUUGCUAGUUAUUGUUUGGACCGCUUUGUGCUACUAUAAAUCGUUUAUGUAUUUUGUUGAGUGCGAGAAUUUAUCGCUGGAGCUGAAUAUGGGAUAGGAAUCACAUAAAUACAAAUAAAUCAAAAGCAUUUCGAAUGCCAAUGGCAA